AUGUCCACCGCUGUAUGGCCGCCCAUCGAUGAUGCCCGUCUCGCUGAUGAGCAGGCGGCGUCGCAAGCGCGAGAGCUUGAAUGGCUGCUUGUGCAGCUCCGUGAGACGCUGCAGUCGCUCAAGGCAGGCCUGGAAGAGUGCGCUGCUCUGCUUGCACCUUCAGAAAACGGCUCAACACUUGUGCUGACUUCGGUGCGCUCCGAGAAUCUCAAGGGCCUCAUUACGCGCAUUGGCACGCGCAUCACCAAAGGCAAUGUCAAGCUCCGUCUGGCAAGCCUCCCACCACCCAAAGGCUCUCUGACCUACGACCUCGCCAUAUCUUCUGCACCGCACGCGCCUACACUCGUCGUGCCCCAGCUUACUGCAAUUCGAACGUCCAUCAACAGCUGCCUCGACGUCAUCGACGUGGCUACCUGGGGAGGCGAUGCUACCAACGCCAAUUUUGUCUCUGGCCAACUGCAGCUGCUACACGACCAUAUUCUGGAGGCGCAAGCCGCAUUGAAAGGCUACUCAGACGUGCAGCCGCCGUGGUGGGAGAAUCCUGUAGAUGACAAGACCUUCGACCCCCCACUGCCAGCGAACGUGUCUUUCCAUCUGUUCGUCUUCGAUGCCGCCCUUGUGCUCGAAAUCCGCACUCUCGAACCACAUAACGCUGGGGACAGCACAUCGCUCACCGGCUUCAGCAUUCGCAACACCUUUGCAUCCGCGCUCGGCGGUGCAAGAGCACCUGCACACGAUGAAGCCGAUCGUACAUUCAAAUACAAGGACCACGACGUUCGCGUCAAAGAAAAGAUCCGGGUAGAGAGCCAAGACCCCGCUCUGAUCUCCGCCUCAGCAAAACUUAACGCUCUUGGACACAGUGUAAUGUUGAGCCGAAAAGCGCUCAACAUUGUAAUGGGCCGCGACGAGCAAAUAGACUAA